GACAUUAUCGAUAAUACCAUAAAUUUACGUUCGUUUAAUCUAACGCAAGCAGGGGAGAAAUGGAACGAAGGAUAAAGACGAAAAAGCAGAUAGCAGAGAUUGAAAGAUCGAUGAAGUGAAUUUCAAAGUCUCCAGAUCGGAUCCUUUGGCAAAAUCCAUUUAUCCUUCGUUCGAUAUCUCGUCGGAUCCCAUGUCCGAUAAAAGUUCCUUGAAGCUGUCUGUUAACCAUUUAUGUGUAUCCGAACGCGAUUAGACUAGGUUGCAGCGGAACUUUGUUCGGUAUAUUGUUCUGGGAGAACAGGGAAAUGAAGUUAGCGGACAGUCGCUACUGGAUAGAAUUUAUUUCUCGAAAGAAGCACCAAUAUCUCGGUGGGAACGGCGAAGGAGGAGGAGGGUAGCGAUGUCGCAGAAUUGGAAAGCGCGACACGCUCCAACCUCAAACUCCGCGAAACACAUAAAGAAAUAGUUUGUAACAAGCAAAAAUUUCAGAAUCUUCCCUAUGCUCUUGACGCUUUAUCGACGAUAAAUCAAACUCCUCGAGAGAAGUUCACGCGAACUCGUUGAGGGAAGCGUAAAACGGGCAACACGUAUAAUACAUUAUACCAUGUCGUCCCUGAUCGUAAUGCACGACUCGCGAAUUAUGCUGUUGGAGGUAGCUGUGAAAAAUCUGUACAUGCCAUGGUCCGACGUGUUCGACUCUGCGCUUAUGAAGAGGACUGUCAUAAUGUUUCGAAUGCUGGAUGACGAAUGGACAACGUUGUCGCCGAAUCGACGAGACUAUCGUUCGUACCGUGGCUCUAAUUACGAGAACGAACAAUUUUAUGGCGGCAGAUCCGUGCUGUUUUCCGUGCCGGAAACUAUGUUCGAGGAGAAAAUGUCCGGAGUAGAUCUGCAGCUGUAUGUGUACAAAGGAGUGUCCAAGUAUUUCGAGCUGGAGCCACGACGGAAUUUCGGAUUCGCCCUCGUCAGGAUGGACGAUCUGUUUAACAGUAUUAUCAAGGACCUCUGCGAACGGAAGGAGCUGGAGGGUUAUUUUUCUGCCGCACUGGAGCGGGAACCUAUAUCAAGGUCGACACGCGGCACGUUCGUUCUGUUGGAUGAGGAUUUACAAGCAACCGACGCCACCAUUGAGCUCUACAUACGCAUCAGUUACUUGGGUAAAUGCAUCAUAACCGAAGUACAUUCCCCUACGAGCAUACAAACAGCAUUCUACGCACGCGAGGAAACCGACGACCAUUAUCGAUAUCAAUUCCGGGAAUUAAAUACCAUGGAUCUGGAAUCCUUCUGUUGGGGCAGCUUGACGAUCAUCCCGCCCCUUUAUCCUGACAAUUUGAUCUGUCGAUGCAAAGAUCUCAUGGACAAAUUAGUGGGAGUGGCGACGCAGACAAAAAAGGCGAGAAAACGCAAACGCGACGAAUUCAAUUUAAUGCUCAGAAUGGCUAAUGUACAGAAACUAUUGGCCUUGAUGAAAGAGAUGAGAAAAAAUCGUCCAGACGUAAUGCCGCCCGCGGAAACGAAGAGAGUUUGUCCACCGUCACCGUCACCGUGUAUCUGCCCCACGGUGUGUCCACCUGUCUGCGUUUACACUAUGCCCUCCGUUUGUCCCAAUCCCUGUCAGCAGACGACCGUUUACUGUCUACCAUGAACGAACGCCGUCUACGAGUCACAGAGAAUUUGCAUAGGAAGCUGGAAUCGUGAAGUCAUCCUGGAAGAUUCAGAGACGUUACGUCCGCGAGAUGAGCUUCAAGUUUUACCAUUGUUCCAACCAAAUCUUUCCCGAGGUAAUCACAGGGACCGUGUCCUAUCGUAUUUUAUGAUUCAUUCAUCCCUCGCGAUUGGACGAUUUCCCAAAUUGCCGGGUGAAAUUUUAUGGGCCAGACGAGGUUUGGGGGAGCGGUUUGUACGAGUGCAGCCGAAUCGUCGGGUGACUUGGUCGAGGGUCGAGGGUCGAGGGUGUGUUUUCCUCGACUUUCUCGAAUUACUUAUUCCGUUCACAGGAAUAAACGCAAGGAUGGGAAGCAAGAAAGAAUUCUCUUCAUCCGCGUACGUUUCUCCCUUUGUGUAUCAUCGAUGUGCAUGGAACGUAGGAUAAUCUGUUCCCGAGACCGGGCGAUUGUAAAUUGCAAAGCGAACCGAGCCGUCUUCUGAGGAAUUUCAUGCACCGGGACGUGCAGUUUUUCACCGUGUCCGGGGUAACUCGAUAUCCACUUCGCGCCCCGGAUAUUCCGAUAUUCCAUGCAAUUGAAAGCCGAAGAGUUUUGCAUUUUGAUUACAGACACCCUCUCUCCUAUACUAGCGAAGAAGAUCGCCGAGUACACGUACGUGUAUAUAUAUCUACGUACGUAUACGGCCACGCCGGGAUUUCGAUUUGCAGGUAGGGGAGUAUUUUAUCAUCGGUGGCAUUAUGCAAAGAUUCGAAUCUGGCGAGGGCGAAAAAUCUUCAAUCGUGAGGCACGCGGAAUCCAGGAACGGGUUUGUGAAAAUAGAGCGAACGCUUCUUUUCAUCGGUUCCUAAAUUUUUGUUAGGAAACCACUGCUCUAUUUGGACAAUUUCUAAGAGGACUCAAUACGUAGGAAACACUUUUUCAACGUUUUCGCAUCUUUUGAUAUAUAUGUGUACAUAUCAUCAAUCCGUUGAAAUUUCACAGUGAUAUUUGUCAAACGUUAAAUCGAAAUACGUGAUUGCUGUCUAAGAAAUAAACGAGUGGGCGUACAAUUUUAUUUUACGAGUAGUAUUCAUUAGCUGCCAUAUGACGAGUAAGCGGUUUUAGUUGCGGUGAAAGUUUACGAGGCUAAUGACGACGCACUUUUUUUAAUGUAAAAGGGAGCCUGGAAACCUUAAUGACUGUACGAAAAGCAAAAACCGAACAAUUUCAAAGUUGCCACAUUCAAAAUUAAUUGUACGAUAUGAUUGUGUUUCGUAACCUCGCUUUCUUUCCUACGUGCCGCAAUUGUGUGCAGCGAUGCGCGUGAUUGUAUCUAAAAAAUUCUCUAAAAUAUCUCACGUUUCUCGAUAAAGAGUUUGCCAUGUUUUACACGAGUCUUAGCUCAUUGAGUGCACUAUUUGUUGUCACGCUUAAUUUAAAUGUACGCAUGGAGCGUUUUACAAUUCCACGCAAAUACGAGCUCCUGUAACUUGGUUGAAAUGGACAAAAUCCUCCAACAUACGUUAUCAACAUAAUCAACAUUCAGACACCGACGAUUUAUGCAAUUUCGAAAUAUUUUUUAACGUUAUAUCCUAAAUAUGGAGUUUGUGACAUUGUAAAAUUAAAAAUCCUUUGUCACUCAUCUGGAGUCGGAAGAACGGUGAUCUUUUACUGAAAGAGUAUGCGCCCAUGCCACAGUAAUAUAAGAUCAAUUGAUCUCGGAAUAUGCUCGAACGCGAUAAAAAACAGCCGGCGAGUGAAAGUGUGCAUUUUUACGUUCACGGGUCCCUCAAAAUGCGAUCGCAAUAAAUCACCGGCAUAAAAGUGACUGGCACCUUAUAUGCAUGCCACUGAAUGGCUAUUACACGGAACUAAUGAAUUUCUAUGUGUAGCGCAACAUUCCUUGACUAUGCUAGACUUUAAUUCGAAAGCAUAAUUCCACGAUCUCUAAUGCAAGGUUAAGUGUAUUGGAGAAUCUUCCUAGGAUGGAAGCUCGGAAUAUCGGAGAGAUUGUGUAAUCCUUAAACAAAUACCCAGAAUUAUCAAACAUCGAAGUCUAAGACAACUACUAUAUUUGCCGUAACAAUCUCUAGUAUUGCAUUUCAUUCAACAAGAAAUGAUGAAUUAUUCAACGAUGAAUCGACGUUUUCCUGAUUGGUCGAUGUAGAAUUUUAUAAUAAAUGCGAAUUUAAAAAAUAAAAUAUUGAUUCAUAGUUGAAAGUUAAAUAAAGAACAAGGGUCGAAAUGUAUAAGACUAGGUAUAUUUCGUGAACGUUUCGAUAAUGUAUGAAUAUAGCGGAAUACAAAUAUUUAUUUAUUUAUACGUUAUCCUUAUAGUAGUAUUGAUACCCGUGAAACAAAUGAUGAAAAAAAAAAGAAACACGUUUCAGCAAAAGCUCUGUACAUUCGGUGUUCACCACGCUCGACGUGAUACGUUACUCUUGAAUUCCCUCCAAGAGUGGAUUUUACCCGGAUUUUCGAAUUUGCCCGAUUUUCUCGUACAUUCACCUUCAAUUUAUCGCGAAGUAAAAGCAGAUGCAAGAUGGAUCGAUCUGGAAAACUCCAAAGUCCAAUAGAACCCAGUUCUGGGGAGAAUUCAACGGUAACAUAUUAGGUCGAUUACCGUGAAACGCUUCUAGACACCAAAACACGAUUUCACAAAUAUAUCCUUUUAAAAAGAGAGAAAACGUGGAUGCUCUAUCCAUACGUGUGUUCUUCUAUAAAAUUAGAUUUCACCUAUAUAUAUUAAAAGAAUUCUCCAAACGAAUUUCCAAAAUCAAACUUCCACCAGCUUUUGAAUGAAAGAUGUUAACUUGUCAAAUUUGAAGAUGAUAGA